ACCACAGGCGGCAGCUCAGCCUCGAGAACCGACGCCCGCUGGAGGAAGGUUCCGCCGCAUUUACAGGCCUGGGUUGGGGUUGGCACCUCUCCCUACAUCUUUCCUUGUGUCUCGAGCCCCUCAUCCCCCUUCUCCAGCUCGGGCCGGCCCCGGGCAUCCAUUGCCCCGUCCUUAGCCCCGUGUCCCGGUAGCCGUUCCCCGCCCCACCGUCUUCCGCGCUGCCCGGCUAAGGGGUCCCGUGUCUCCGACCCUCGGCCCCAUGGCGCUGCAGGCGCUGCAUAGCUCGGGGGUAGCCUUCCGCAAGAUCCUGUCUCACUUCCCCGAGGAGCUGAGCUUGGCUUUCGCCUACGGCUCCGGGGUGUUCCGCCAGGCGGGGCCCAGUGCAAACCAGAAGGAUACCAUGCUGGACUUUGUGUUCACAGUUGAUGACCCUGUUGAAUGGCAUUCAAAGAAUCUGAAGAAAAAUUGGAGCCACUACUCUUUCCUAAAAAUUUUGGGGCCCAGGAUUAUCACACUUGUCCAGAAUAACUAUGGCGCUGGAGUUUACUACAAUACAUUGAUAAUGUGUGAUGGUAGGCUUAUCAAAUAUGGGGUUAUUAGUACUAGUACUCUGAUUGAAGAUCUCCUCAACUGGAAUAACUUAUACAUUGCUGGGCGACUUCAGAAACCGGUGAAAAUUGUAGCACUGAAUGAGAAUGUCACUCUUAGGUCAGCCCUGGAUAAAAAUCUGAAGAGUGCAGUGACUGCUGCUAUCCUCAUGCUCCCUGAAAGCUUCUCUGAAGAAGAGCUCUUUACAGAGAUUGCCGGACUCUCUUAUUCAGGUGACUUCCGGAUGGUGCUUGGAGAGGAUAAGAAAAAAGUGUUGAAUAUUGUGAAGCCCAACGUAGAGCACUUCCGUGAGCUCUAUGGCAGCAUUCUACAGGAGAAUCCCCAAGUGGUGUACAAAACCCAGCAGGGCCAACUCGAGAUAGAUAAAAGCCCAGAAGGACAAUUCACUCAGCUGAUGACAUUGCCCAAAACCUUACAGCAACAAAUAAGUCAUAUUAUGGACCCUCCUGGGAAAAACAGAGAUGUGGAAGAAACGUUGUUACAGCUCGCUCACGAUCCUGACUGUGGAGAGGUGGUGCGACUAGGGCUUUCUGCAAUCGUGAGGCUUUCUAGUAUGAGCCAGAGCACCAAAGGCAUUUUUACUGCUGACUUUCUGAUAGGUGAGAAGUGGUACCAUAAUUGGGGUUUUAUUUAUAUUUCCUGGUGACAAAUGAAGUGGAGCACUUUUUCAUGUUCGUCAGGUGCCUAUUCCAGUCCUUUGCUCAUUUUCUUUUGGGUUGUCUGCCAUUUUCAUAUUCUUUUUAUCGUCUGGGUGCAAGUCCUUUGUUGGAUAUACAUAUGCAAAAAUUCUCUCCCUCUCUUAAUGGUGUCUUUUGGUGACAAGAAAUUCUUAAUUUUACCUAGUCCGCUUUAGCAAGUUUGUCCUUGAUGGUUAGCAGUUUUUGUGUCCUGUUUUUGUGUCCUGUUUAAAAAUCUUUUACCUGCUCCAAGUUCAUGAAGAUAUUCUGCUUUGCUAAUAGUAAGCCUUGAUAUCUGGUAGUAGUAAGUCCUCCACCCUUGUUAAAAUUAGAACAUUAAGGCAGAAGGAACCCUUAAUUCUGAUCUGUUGGUUCUUAAUCUUUUGCAAGUCUUGGAUCCCUGUGAAAAUCUGACAAAAAUUCUGGCCCCUCUGCCCAGAAGUACACAUAUGCUCAUCCACAUCAAAUUUUCCUACAAUUUCAAGUUCACAGACCGGCAUCAAAACCUAUAUUUGGGCCACAGAUUAGAGAACCCCUGAUCUAGUCCAACGUAUUCAUUUUGAAGAUGAGAAAAUAGAGUGGGAAUCACAUUAAGUUUGUGGCCCAGAUGGGAUUAGAACUUACGUCUUUUGACUCUUACUCUAGUGCUCUUUCUGACACAGUUCCCUGGUGCAGAGCUCUGAGAAUACCUCUCUGGCAGAGCCAUCCAAGGGAGAGACUGUUUUUAGUCAAGGUAGAAUUCUAUCCACUAGCAGCAAAAAAAGGCUACGUGGUGAUGCUCGUGUACUUAUGUAUUUAUUUUAGAUGUUUAAACUCCAAGGAGUCUGUGCCUCAGUUUUUUGAAGUUGAGCUGGGAAUUAUCAUGGUCGAUGUAUCUUCCUCUAGCUGUGAGUCAGUGCCCUGGGGUUGUUCUGUGGAACCUUACUGUGUGCAGCUACCUGUGUACUGCUUGAUCUCUGGAUUGACUCUGGCUGGAAUUUCAAAAAAGCACUUACGUAAUAAGUUUCCAGUCUCAAUGCUCAAAGUGGGCGAGGUUGACAGAGUGGUUGCCCCAGGGAGAAAAUUAAAAGGGGUAGAGGCAGGUAAGGGAGCUCUGAGUUUCUUGACUUGGCUGUGUCAAUUUGCAAGUAGUUCGCCAGUAGACAAGCCAGGCCAGAGUAUCUAGAAGUAAGUAUUCAUUAAGGAUUUUACUGGUAGCCUGCCUUCUUAACCUGCCACUGCCCAUUGUAGCCUCUUCAGAGAUUCUUACAGGUAACAGGGCCUGGUGUUUUCAAGUGAUCACCCAAACCACAGUGCUAGUAGUCUCCAGAACUAAUCCUGUUUCCUUGUCAGCAGUGCUUACUAAAGUGUACUGCCAGGGGUGUGCCUUUUAGACAUGCAGUACAGACCACAGUUUGGAUCUCAUGGUGAAAGGACUGUCCGGCUCUUUGGGCCACACCCUAAAUGAUCUCAUCCUCCACACAAAGGAAGACAAAUCUGCCACACUUAUGCAAGUAUGAUCCUAUUAGCUGUGACAAAUAACAUCCCGUGCAUUUGAUCCCAUUUUCUUUCCCAGAAGCCCCCAAAAGCCUCUUCUCUAGCUUCAUUACACACUUGUGAUUAAGUAGACCGGAGGCAACGGAAAGUCAGAUAGCUAAAGGAGGCACAUUUGCUCAGUGAUUUCAAAAGCAUUUACUGAACACUUUCCAUAUAUAUACUGGGUAUUGUACUAAGUGAUGGUGAUAGAGAUGUGAGUGGGGCAAGGCCCCUGUCCUCAAGGAGCUCCCAGUGUAGGCCUAGGGACAGCCAGGUAAGCUGACAGAUGCUGUUUGGGUUGGGCAGUCCUGUGAUGGAGGCAAGCGCUGUGGCGGGCUUAGAGAAGCAGCCCUUGAAUCAGCCCAAGGAGUCAAGGAAGGCCCUUCCUGGAGAAGAAAUCUCAACAGGAUUUUGUAGUCUCCAAGGUGGGAAAGUGCUGGCAAUAGCAUUCAUUCUAGGCAGAUAAGCAGCAUGUGUAGUGACACAGAAACACCAAACCAGGAGUGGUUGAAAUGGCAGGCAGUGGGAAAAAGAAAAAGGAGGCCCAGGAGGCCCCUUUACAGAAUCUUGUCUUUGUCCUGCCUUUCUCCCCCUUUUUAAAAGGAGCUGCUACAUUCAGAGGCUGGCAGUAUGCUCGUAGCUCAAGAGGUUCACUGAUCCCAGUAACUCUGGCAACUUUCGCUCCAUAGGCAACUUUAGCUCCUUAUCACUGCUUCAGUAGCUGCUUCAAUCAGAGUCUGUCCACUCCCCUCACAUCCACUUUCACCACAGGUGACUUUUAAUAAAAACUUUAGCUGCUGGAGUCUCCUAGACCCCACCAAUCCAGCACUGCUCCAUUCCAAAGAGAAGACUAUGGUCAAAAUAUUUCAGAAAUUCUAGCUAAGCAUACAGUCAAUAGGCUUCAAUUUUCUCACCUUCUCUUCUUUUCUUUUUCUCUUUUAGGCAUGAAGAAAUCAGUGGUUUAUGGUUCUUUAAAAUUGCAUAAAAUGUGGAAAGGAUGGCUGAGUAAAACAUCCUAAUUUUGUUUGCUUUUAUAUAUGUUAUGUA